AAUAAAAGCAACAACGUCAACAACUUUUGCAGCACAAUUUUCCUUAAUUUGCAUUCCAUUUGUGAAACGACAUCACAUAUUUUUAUUUGGAAAUAAGUAUACAACGAAAUUUCUGAAACAAAAUAGAAGUGUAAUUUUAUUGAUACAAGUGAAAUAUUUUCCAAAAAUUUGAAAAAUAAUGCAUUUACGUCGAAGUAGGGUAGGGUAAGUGCAUUUGAUUGUGCUUAAAACGUCAAGACGAUCACCACACAAGCAGCAAAAGUUGAGGAAGACAGCGAUAGUGAUACAAGCAACAUCAUUGGCGAUACUAUCAACUACGCGAUGGCCUACUUUGCAAACAAUGGCGAUUUAGUAAAUCUAAACGUUGGAGGACAACGGUUUUCUACUUCUCGCCAAACGCUGACGUGGAUACCAGAUACGUUUUUUACAGCGCUUUUAAGUGGACGCAUUUCCAGUUUACGUGAUGAAACAGGCGCCAUUUUUAUAGAUCGCGAUCCAUCAUUAUUCUCUAUCAUUUUAAACUAUUUAAGAACCAAGGAUAUCGAUAUCAAAAACUGCGAAAUCCGUGCAUUGCGACAUGAAUCUGAGUACUAUGGUAUAACACCGUUGGUAAAACGCUUAGCACUUUGCGAAGAUCUAAAUCAUUCGUCAUGCGGUGAUGUACUAUUUUAUGGUUACUUGCCAGCGCCGGUGAUGCCACCAAAUGAUUCAUUUCAUGCAAAUGUUGGGCCUAACAGUGCUACGGGGUUGGAAGAGCGUGCUGCUGGUAGCAACGACGCACCAAUAUACAGAUCAUCCAAUAGUAGUGGAAUUAGUAACACGGCAAGCGCAAGUAAUGUCCCACCGGUAUCACUUGAAUCUUGUUUGCCUUCUACUUCAGCAGGUAUAGUAUCAGGUGCCGGUGUUAAUGCACGUCCCGGCUCGAUGGUUCGGGUGCCGGAGACAUCGUCUGCAACAAGCAGACAUUCUUCUUCACAUUCGCGUAAUUCAUCAUGGGACUUGCGAUGCGGUCGAAACAACAGCAAUGUAAACGAUGUGAGGAAUUGGACUGCUACGGGCCCUUCGUCUACACAUUCUCGUACCGCUUCACUUGAUUUUAUGCGACAUUCACGUAAUUCAUCUGCCGAUCUGAAUAAGCUCAUACGUAACGAUGUCGGUCUAGUAUUUAGUUCGUCAUUGACUUCCAAUUGGGUUGAUCCAUUGCGGGUGCAAAUAAUUAAAGCACAUCAAAACUGGAUUGCAGUGGCCUAUGCUCAUUUUGUGACUUGUUAUCGUGUUAAGGAUUCCAGUGGUUGGCAAUUAGUAUUCACUUCGCCACAUAUUGAUGCGACCAUCGAGCGUAUGGCGAUUAAUUCGAAAGUGAACACUUCUACAGCAGAACCAACGCCGAGCAAAAUGGUUGCCAUUUCAUAUGGUAGCCAAAUACGACUUUGGAGUAUACACGAAGGUGGCAAUAAGACCGAUGUGGGCACUUUUAAUUUAAAUGUGCGUGUGGAAUAUUUAUUUUUUAUUGGCAGCCAAUUGGUGGCUUUGUCAUCGUCCGGCAAGAUAGGUGUAUGGCACGCAAUGACACAGCAUUGGCAAAUACAAGAUCUUGUGCCAGUUAUGUCUUUUGACUCUGCUGGUUCAUUUUUACUGCUCGGUUGCAACAAUGGCUCAAUUUAUUAUAUAGAUAUGCAAAAGUUUCCACUUCGCAUGAAAGAUAAUGACUUAUUGGUGACUGAAUUGUAUAAAGACCCCACCUUAGAUCCCAUUACAGCAAUUUCCGUGUAUCUUACGCCAAAAACUUCAAGUAUCAGUGGCAACUGGAUAGAGAUAGCUUAUGGCACAAGAUCGGGCGCAGUGCGUAUUAUUGUGCAACAUCCGGAAACCGCUGGACACGGUCCGCAUUUAUUUGAAACGUUUACCGUACACCAAAGUCCCGUUACUAAGGUAACACUCUCAGAAAAAUAUUUGGUAUCCGUAUGCAGUGAAUACCACCAUGUACGCACUUGGUCACUAACACGUUUUCGUGGCAUGCUCUCUACACAACCAGGCUCCACACCUGAAGCCUCUUUCAAAAUUGUUGCGCUCGAAGCAACCGAUUCACACUAUAGCUACGCUGCUGGCAAUGAUUUCGGUCCAUAUGGUGAUUAUGACGAACAGAUAUUUGUUCAAAAAGUUGUUCCUGAAACGGAUCAACUUUACGUACGUUUAGCUUCGAAUGGCGAUCGUGUAUGUAUAAUAAAGUCGGUAGAUAGUUCAACUAUAACUUCGUUUUGUGUACAUGAGUGUGAAGUGUCAUCACGUAUGGGUUCACGAUUCAUUUUGACUGGCCACUGUAACGGUGCUAUACAGAUGUGGGAUCUCACAACAGCAUUAGCGUUGUUUUCAAAAGGCGAACCCCAGCAGAACGUCUCAGGCGGACCCGACACACAUGAGCUUCUCCGCCUACUUGACCAAUGUGAGAUCAGCAAUAGCCUCAGCUCAACGCCUUGUAUGUCACCGUGUCUAUCGGUGGUUGGAGGCAUGGCAAACGCCACAAUAGCGCGAAUGAAAGCGAGUAAUGUUGCCUUGCUUAAUCAUUUGCAUAAUCAACAUCAACAAACGCAACCGUUGCAACAGCAACCACAAGCUCAAGUGCAGCAAUCAGUUGUGAAUGCAGCUGCACAAUUGUUGCAGCAGCAGCAACAGCAACAACAGCAGCCACAACAACAAUAUCAAUUGCAGCAAUUGCAAGCGCAACAGCCUCCACAACAGCAGCAAUUGGUGCCAGGCAACGGUAGCGGUGGCGAAUGAAAUGCGGAAGCGGCGUGUGCGGUAGCAGCAGUAGCUGUUGUUGCUGCAGAAGCGGCGUUGGUCGGGCGUGUUUCAUCUUUUAUAACAUUUAGUUUAACGCUGGAGUAUAUUGCCAAAAUGCUGCAAAUAAUGCUCUGUUCGAUAAUAUAUAUUUGCUUAUUACGUUAUACCGCAGCAGCAACUGUGCGGCGUUUUUAAAAAUGUAGCCGAUAUUGGGCAGAAUUAUUCUCGUUGCUUGCAAUGGACUUGUCUGUUUUUAUACAUACUAUUAUAUAAAUAUACUUACAUAUAUAUUUUAGUUCCCUGUAAGCGAUUUUAAAUGCAUAACACUUGUACGCUAUGUACUUAUAUAAUAUGAACACUGCACUUAUAUAUAUACUACAUGGAUACAUAUGUAUAUACGAUAAACGAUCUUUUGCACAAUUGUUUGCCCGAAAUAUAUCGAAUUAUACACUUUUAAAUAUAUAUAUGUAUACAUAUAUUUUUUUUUGUUAGAAUGAGAAUUGAAAUUAUUUGUCUGUACAUAACAGCAUUCCUGUAAUGAAAAUAUUGUAAAUGAAACUUAAGGUCUAAGCUGUUAGAAAAUAUAAAUAA